UUUUUUAUAUAUAUAUAUAUUUUUAUAUAGACUAUGAAUCCUCAAAUGAAUCUGGUUGAUCCUGACAAUCAAACUAUGAAUGUACCUGAGUUUCCAUCUCGAAAUGGUCCUCAACGAUUAGUAGCAGCAGCUACGAAACAGCCUCGCAAUAGAGAAAAGGUCAGAUUAGAACCAGGUCAUUCACCUCUUGAUUGGGCCAAGUUGUGUAAUUCGGGUCAAGACUUGAGGGGCGUGCCUCAAUUGGGUAGAUAUACAUUAGAAGAAGUGAGACAACAUAGAACACAAGAAGAUGCAUGGACUGCUAUUCAAGGCAAAGUAUAUAACCUAACACCUUAUCUUAAAUUUCAUCCUGGAGGUGUGAGGGAUCUAAUGCGUUGUGCUGGUAAAGAUGGUACUAAGCUAUUUAUGCUUACACAUUCAUGGGUGAAUAUUGAUUAUCUAAUGGAAAAAUGUAUGGUUGGAUUUCUUGUUCCUUCUCAUUAAUACCACUCUCGUUUUCUUUUUCUUUUUUUUCUUUCUUUCAUUAUUAUUAUGUCUGACAAAAAUAAAAACAAGGCUACUUUUUGGAAUCCUAGAGCUGAUCCCGAUAAUAAAAAACCUGCUGAUAAACAAACAUUUGAUAGACCAAGGUAGUCUUUUUUGAUAUUGUUCAUCUCAACAAUAGCUUGUGUGUUUUAGGCUGUAUGAUUUCUCAAGUCCUGCUUGGAAUAGGAAAUACGAAAUUUGGUACCAAAAAGAACCUAUGGUCGAAUAUGAAUACACAAA